CCAAACUUGGGGAAAAGAGCCUUGUAUUCACAUAGAAUGUUCUGUUGUCUCUAAGAGAACUUGCUUGAACAACAACAAAAAAAUGACAAUAAGAGGGCUUGAGGACAUGCAUGGAUAGCCUUUAAUUAUGUAAAGGUGUAUUGUAAAGAUGUAAAUGUACUCAACCAGAAGACUAGAUUGUUUUAGCAUAGUUGUCACUCACAAAGCACAAAAAAUGAGGAACUAGAACCACGAAUUGGGAGUUAUGAAAAGGUGGAACAGAAGAAACUCCUGCUAUUAAACUGCUCAGAGGUUUUGGAUUUCCCAUCUAUGUAAUAAAGGAGACAACAUAGAUGAUCUGUAAUUUUGUAUGAUUUGUGAUCAUACCGGGAAGAGAAGAUUAGAUCCAUUUUAGAACAUGUGAUCAUGAGCCUGGGCUUGAGAACCUUGCAAGGAUUUCAUCUAUUUUGUGACAAGCCCAAGAACCUCAAGGCCCAACUCAAUUGCAAGGAUCAGUCCUUGGAAUACCAUCCCUUAAGAAAGAAAAACAAGAAAACAGGGCCUGGCACUUAGGAAGCAUGAGAAAAUAUUUGAGGGAAUGAACACAAGAACAAUUUGAGCCAAGAGGGAAGUCCCAGGUUCUUCAUUACUUUUGUUUCUGCAGACUCUUAGUGUCUCUGGCCAUAUAGCAGUCACUCUUCUACCAGCUGUUUUGUCUGUGGGUUCAACACCACCUUGUCCCUAGUGAUUGAAGAAUGUGAUCUCUCCUUAAGUCUGAAAUUUGUCCUCUUUGCCUCAGCAACUGCUGCAACGGACUUUAGGAAAAGUGGAAAGAAUCUGAAGCCCAGGAAGCAUUGCCCACCCGGAAUUUACCUUAAAGAAAUACUGUGGGCCAUUUAAAAUAAUGUAGUGAAGUAAUGGUAACACAAGAUUUUUCUGCUAAGGAGAAAAAUUAGAAUGUACAGUAGAAGAUGGCUGGCUCCGUCGGUAUGAUUUCUGGGUGACAGAAUCAUGAAUAAACUGGAGGACACGCAGGACCAGAUGAUACCAUGAAGAGAAGUUUACAGGCCCUCUAUUGCCAACUAUUAAGCUUCCUCCUGAUCUUGGCACUGACUGAAGCACUGGUAUUUGCCACCCAGGAACCAUCUCCCAGAGAAUCUCUUCAGGUCUUCCCCUCAGGCACCACCCCAGGCACCAUGGUGACAGCAUCCCUCAGCUCUACCAGACACUCUUCCAUGGCAACUACCCCUACUUCUGUGGUCACACUGACGCCCCAUCCCGAUGGACCUUCCUCACAGGCUACAGCUCCCAUGGCAAUGACAACACCCCAUCCAGAUGGACACCCUCCUACAAACACCAUCUCCACUAUCACGGUGACAGCAACCACCCCACAUUCUGAAGGCCCCCUACCCACAGAGCCCCUUCCUGCUGCCAUGGCAACCACAUCCUCCUACUCAGAGGGCCACACCCAGGGGGAGGCUGUGCCCACCAUCCUGCUGACAAAGCCAACGGCAACCACCAGCCGUCCCACCACAGCACCCACCCGGGCUACCACGCGCAGGCCUCCCAGGCCUCCAGGCUCUUCCAGGAAGGGGGCCAACAGUUCAUCACGCUCUGUCCUGCCUGCACCCAGUGGCCACUCUGGGAGGAAGGAAGGCCAACGGGGACGAAAUCAGAGCUCCACACAUCUGGGGCAGAAGCGGCCUCUGGGGAAAAUCUUUCAGAUCUACAAAGGCAACUUUACAGGGUCUGUAGAACCUGACCCCUCUACCCUCACCUCCAGGAACCCACUCUGGGGUUAUUCUUCCUUGCCACAGCCCCAGACAGUGGCCACAACCAUGGCGCCCAGUAGGACCUCGUGGGCACCACCCACCAACCCCCUGGUGCCUACAGAGGACAAGCCAGGCCUUAGCAGAGCAGGCCAGGGGGAUGGUUCUACCUUCACCAGCCAAGGAGGGGAGCUGGACACCACAGUAGCCUCAGGUGCCCCUGCCAGUCCACAACCUGCCCCAGUGCCUUCUCAGCACCCCCGCGGUGACCCACAGGAUGGCCCCAGCCACAGUGACUCCUGGCUUACUGUCACCCCUGGCAUCAACAGACCUCCAUCUACCAGCUCUGGGGUCUCCACAGCCACCGCGGGGCCCACCCAGGCUGCCUUCAAUGCCAGUGUCUCAGCCCCUUCCAAGGGGACUCCUCAGGGAACAUCCUCAACCUCGCAGGCCCCAUCCCAUCCCACCGAGGGCUCAGAAAGCACUAUUUCCCAAGCCAAGGAGGAGGCUACAGCCACCCCCACCAUGACCAACAGGGUGCCCAGUCCUCUCUCCACAGUGGUGUCCACAGCCACAGGAAACUUCCUCAACCGCCUGGUCCCUGCUGGGACCUGGAAGCCUGGAACAGCAGGGAAUAUAUCUCAUGUGGCCGAAGGGGACAAACCCCAGCACAGGGCCACCAUCUGCCUGAGCAAGAUGGACAUCGCCUGGGUGAUCCUGGCCAUCAGCGUGCCCAUCUCUUCCUGCUCUGUCUUGCUGACAGUGUGCUGCCUGAGGAGGAAGAAAAAGACGGCCAACCCAGAGAACAACCUGAGCUACUGGAACAAUGCCAUCACCAUGGACUACUUCAACAAGCAUGCUGUGGAGUUACCAAGGGAGAUCCAGUCCCUUGAAACCUCUGAGGACCAGCUCUCGGAGCCCCGAUCCCCAGCCAAUGGCGACUACAGAGACACUGGGAUGGUCCUUGUUAAUCCCUUCUGCCAGGAAACACUGUUUGUGGGAAAUGAUCAAGUAUCAGAGAUCUAACUGCAGCAGCCCUUGCUUUGCUGUUCCCUACCUGUCGUCUCUAAAUUAUAAAUAUACAAAUAUAUAUUAUAAAUAUAAUCUUUGUGUAACCCUGACUUAAUAAGAAACAUUUUCAGCUUUUUUUUCCUAAGAAUUGUCAACAUCUUUUUUAUAAGUGUGGUUUAAAAAAAAAAAAAAAAAACUUUACAGAAUGAUCCGUGGCUUUAUAAAAUAAAGGUAUUUCUAAGCAAAGCAGUUGCAUUGAUUGCUUCUCUUAAUAACUGUCAUUGAGUACUUGGGGGUCCCAGCAGCCCCAGGCAGGUGAGGAAAGAAAUAGACCUGUGGAAGUGAAAUGUUAAAAUAGUCAAGAACACAGCUUCUUAAAGUUCUGGUUCUUCUGGAUUCAGUGGGACCCCACUUCCUCCCCCUGCACACCAGUGAAGGCAACUGGACCACCCAAGGGGAAGCAGCAGACUCAUGCACAGAGCAGGAAAAGGGGACCUCUCAUCACCCCAGCGGAUGAUCCUGUACCCACACAGUGGCACCAUUGACUGUCAAGGCUAAUACCAUCUGAGUUCAGGACAGCAGGCAGGAAGGAACGUGCAGCCCUCAGGAGUCUGUGGAGGACAUUAGGCAUCCCAAGGCCACAUCCUCCUAACAUCACACGACAGGGAGCUUCCACUGUGCUUACAGGACUGCCUUGCCCUGGCAGAAAAAAAGCCCCACCCACCCCCAAGCACAUUCCUGCAUCCUCUCCAACACCCACAUCUGCUUUAAAACUCGUGCCUUUCUCUGAAGAUGGUUUAGAUGUGGAUCCUAACCCUGGAGCUUUGGAAUGCUUGCCCUUCUUCACAAAUCAAAUGUUUAUUGGGGUUCAGCUUUGUUUUCUCAAAAGGCAUCACAUUUUGCCCCUUGAGGAACAUGUUUAUAUAAAAGGCCUUGAAGUGUGGAGCUGUGAUUUUCUAAACCCUCCUGUGAUCUUACAAAACAAAGAUUGUCAAGGUGGAUUGCUUGGGAGAAGACAUCACCAUAUCCCUAUCCCUCCUUGACACAAGCAGGUGGACCUGCUUGUGGGUCUGCAGGUGGGCUUGCCACCCGGCAUUCAUUUCCCAGUCUCCCCUGCAUGGCUGCCUCUGCAGAUGGCUGGCCAGCCACCUCCCCUAGCCCACACUCAGGAGGGUCAGACCCGCAGAGACCAGGGGCUUCCACAGAUGGCUGCUUCUCACUUUUUUCCUAAUAGAUGGUGGGGAGAGAAGAGAACUGCUUUGACUCUUUCUCUAAAGAAAAUUAGUUUGAUAGUAUAUUUUGAAUAUAGAUGUUCUUAUAGUCAGAUUGGGAAUUGAACUUGAAUGUUGAUUCACAUGUUUGUGUUGUUGCUGUGGUCUUUUUAUCAUAACUUUUUCCUUUCUUCCUACAUUUCCUUAAAAAAAAAAAAAAAGAUGGCCUUCAAAAAUGUGUGUUCUCAAUGUUG